GCGGAAGAUGCCAUUUUGUCAAUCGUAUAAGAUCUGGAAAGAACACCAUUGCGAUACAGCAGAAAAGAAUUGGGAGUGAUUUUUUACCAUCCAUCACUCAAAAUUAACAACAGAGUAGUUGAAAGAGUCCCAAACAUCAAGAAAAAAUAAUACUGUAAAAAGCUAACAAAAAUUCGUUGAAAUCCGAUUACGGAAUUUAAAGAACAGAAAAAAAACAUACGAAAAUUUUGUGAGCUAAGAAAUGGCAGACUCGGACAAACAGCUACCGAUUGAGCAGCAGCAGCAACAACACCAGCAGGAUGAUCAACAAGGUGAUGCUGCUCAGGCCCAAUUGAAGUCGCUACCACCAAAAGAAAUCAUUGCUACCAAAGUAACUGGCACCGUGAAAUGGUUCAAUGUAAAGAGCGGAUAUGGUUUUAUCAACCGAAAUGACACCAAGGAAGAUGUUUUUGUACACCAGAGCGCCAUUGCAAGAAAUAAUCCGAGAAAGGCAGUUCGAUCCGUUGGUGACGGUGAAGUUGUGGAAUUUGAUGUGGUCAUUGGCGAAAAGGGCAAUGAAGCCGCCAAUGUGACUGGUCCAUCCGGUGAACCUGUUCGAGGUAGUCAAUUUGCAGCAGACAAACGUGGACAUUAUCGUCAAUUUGGUAAAACUUUGCGAAACAAGCCUCGAGGUGGUCAAGGACCAGACGGUAAUGUUCAGCAGGGUGGUGAAGGGGAAAUAAGAUCGGACGAUCAGCAGCAGCAGCAGCAACAACGUCCGCAACGUAAUUACCGUCGUGGAGGUGGCCCUGGUGGUCCUGGAGGCCGUGGCGGCCGCGGACGUCGUCGUAUAUCCAACUUUUAUACACGAAACCCAGGAAGACGCUCGGGUGGUGGCGAAGGUGGACUGAUAGAGGGUGGCAAUGACCAGAACGCUGACUCUACACAAAGAGGUGGUGAUGGUCAAGGCUUGCCCGCGCGACGUGGAGGUACACCAAGACGUUUCUUCCGUCGCAACUUUAAUAAUGGCGGAGGUCGACGUGGUCCACGUGGAGAUGAUGGCAAUGGUGGGCAAGGUCCUCCGCGCAACAAUCGUCCAAGACGAAACAGAAAACAGAGCGGAGCUGGAGGUGCCUCUGGUGGCGAAUGUCAACACCAACAGCCUCAGCAGGAUGUUGGUCACGAAGUGCAGAAUACUACAACUGAAAGUACAGCAUAAAUCAAUUUUACGGUUAGGUGCCACUAAUGUGAUUCUACACUGAAGAGCCGACCAACCAAUCAAUCAACCAUUACUACUGGAGCGGAGUCGAGCAGUAAAAGCUCGUUUGAAAACCAAAUUAAUUUAGUUUUUUUUUUUUUGUUUUUUUUUUUCUUUUUGUUUUGAAAGAUCCUUGGAGAACGCAUUACACACUACUAAAAACGAAUAUCUAAAAACAAAUUGUUUUCAGCUAAAUGUAUUUAGCUAUGCGUUAAAAAAUUAAAAACAAAAAGCUGAACUGUCAUCUGGUAUACAAAUAUGCGUUUUAUGUUGAAAUUUAGCCCCUCGGACGUCUUCACUUUAAAUUGAGCUUUCUAUUCCUGCGUGAAGCAAUUAGGCUGAUGGUAGAAACGAAAUGUCCGUCAAAAUAUUUAAUCACCUCUCUGGUCCUAUUUAUUAAUUUUUUUUAAUAUCUGUAAAAUGUACAUAUGAUCGUCAUGUUUGUCCAUUAUUAUAUUAUACAUAUAUAAAAUAUUUAUUUAAUAAAACGUGUGCCUAAGUUGAAAGUUAAUUUGCAUUGAAGUUACAUGCUUUUGCUAUAUAAUGUUUGUCGUGAUACAAUAUUUACCAAUUUACUGAGAUUAGAAAUACAUUUUCUCUAAAAUUAAUUCUCGACACACAUUGUAACGGGAAGGUAUAUAAUUACAUAUAUUUUUGCUGCACAUACAAUUUAUGCUUUCGGCGAAUAGUAACCAAUGAAAUGAUGCUUUCUUCCAAAUCAUUUCGAUAACGUAGCGAAGCUUAUUAGGCAAAGCUUUAAAAAAAUAUUUUGUCAUCGUAUCCUUUAUUUUUGCAACAUUUUCAUAAUAUCAGAUUAAUUAUAGUACAACUGAUAUUAAUUUCUUCUAUUUAAAGAUCUGCCAUUUUAUUCUAUUUUUUUUACUAUGUAUUUAAUUGAAUAUGCCUUAAAAUGUGUGGACCAAAAAUUCAAUCAGCAAAAAUUUACUUACAAAUCAUUGAGGCAGAACCUAUGCCAAUGUAAUAUUUUUUUAUACCAAUAUACGAUCACAUUAUUUAGUAAAGUUUUUUUUUUUUUCUGAACAGUCGGUCAUAGCAUUAAGUGUUUUCAGUGUUCUUGCAAAACAUACUCAUGAAUCAUAAUUAUACACACUAAUUGUCCAAAAGAAUUAUAAAAGCGGAUGCAUACGUAAAUCUUUUGUUUAAAAAAAAUACAAAAAAAUUGUAAAACCGUGAAUAAAUCUAAUUAGAAACUUA